GUCUGAGUCAGUUCCACAUUAAGACAUCACAACUAAACGUAGCCUAUCCUUGCUUUCUCGAUCACAUAACAAAUGGACAGCUGUUAUUUUCUGUGAAAAGCUACUUCUCAGACUCCACACUUGUGGCGUUAAGGCACACGCACAGGGAGUGGGAAAAUGCAAAGUGGCUGGUCAGUUUCUGACAGUGAUGGGACAGCCUUUACCCCUAUGGUGGUCCUGGAGUUGGCUGAGGACACCAGAGAAGAGGCCAUCAAAUGGUUGCUAAGCAGGAUACGAGAUAAGGAGCAGAAUGGAGGGGCUGAGUUGUUGGUGGAGCAACUGCUCACCGGAGACCAUGAUGGUCAGAAGGGCAACCCCAACGUUUUCCUAGUUGGCUCCACCCUGAAGAGGCUGCUGCACGGAGCUGAGGAUGUAGGCCUCUUCAAGGAGUUCAAUGAUGACUCCAUGCGUGGCUUCACAUACACCAACAAAGACAACUUCAAAGACUUCCAAGGUGAUGGAGACGGCUUCUUGAGUGUGGCAGAAUGCCAGUACAUCAUCAAACACGAGCUGGACACUCUGAGAGCCAAAGAUGAAGCCAAUGUGCCUGGAUAUCCCAAAGCCAAGCUUUACCCUGGCAAAUCCAUUAUUCGCAGGUUACAAUCGAAAGGAAUUCUCUACCAGGUCUUCCCUCUCCAUGACAAAGAGGAACUCAAAAGACUUUCAUUUUCAUGGUAUCGAAAGGUCAAACUUUCAUUUCAACCUCUUAAUGAUAUCAGGCACUACUUUGGCGAGGGCCUGGCGCUCUACUUUGGCUUCUUGGAGUACUUCACCUUGGCCAUGCUGCCCAUGGCCCUCAUUGGCAUCCCGUACUACCUGUGGGACUGGGAGGAUUAUGACAAGUACGUGCUGUUUGCCGUUUUCAACCUGGUGUGGUCCACCGUCUUCCUCGAGGUGUGGAAACGCUUCAGUGCCACGCUGGCAUUCAGCUGGGGAACGCUGAGUCGCAAGAAGGCCUUCGAGGAGCCCCGGGCUGGCUUCCACGGCGUGCUGGGCUUCAACCCGGUCACCGGCCGCGAGGAACCCGUCUACCCCAACAGCAAGCGUCUGCUGAGGAUCUACCUGGUGUCCGUGCCCUUUGUGCUGCUGUGCCUCUACUUGUCCUUCUAUAUCAUGAUGAUCUACUUUGACAUGGAGAGCUGGGCGCUGGCUCUGUACGAGGUGGAGCCCAACUUCUGGACGGGUCUGUUCCUGUUUGUGCCCAGUAUCAUCUACGCAGUGGUCAUAGAGGUGUUGAACUUGCUCUACCGCUAUGCUGCAGAGUUCCUCACUGACUGGGAAAACCACAGACUGGAAACAUCAUAUCAGAAUCAUCUUGUGUUGAAAGUACUGGUGUUUAACUUCUUCAACUGCUUUGCAUCUCUCUUUUACAUCGCUUUUGUGAUGCAAGACAUGGUGCUCCUUCGCCAGAGCCUGGCCACGCUGCUCAUCACCUCCCAGAUCCUGAACCAGAUCAUGGAGGCCUUCCUGCCUUACUGGCUGCAGAGGCGACGCAACAAGAAGGCUCACAAGCGGCUGCACAGGGUCAUGGCAGACCAGGAGCUGCCCCUGGCACAGCAGGCCCAGCUGGAGUUGGACAUGAGCACAUAUCUGGGCACCUUUGAUGACUACCUGGAGCAGUUCCUUCUGUUUGGGUACGUGAGCCUGUUCUCAUGUGUCUACCCGUUGGCUGCGGUGCUGGUGGUGCUGAAUAAUAUCACAGAGGUCUACUCGGAUGCCUUCAAGAUGUGUCAUGUCUUCAAGAGGCCUUUUGCAGAGCCCGCCUCAAACAUCGGAGUGUGGCAGCUGGCAUUUGAGACGAUGAGUGUGAUUGCCGUGGUGACCAACUGUGCCUUGAUUGGUCUGUCUCCACAAGUGAAGGCCUACUUCCUGGAGUCUGACACCCAACUUAUUCUUCUGGUUGUGUGUGUCGAGCAUAUCCUCCUGGCUUUUAAAUUCAUCCUGGCCUUCGUGAUCCCAGACGUCCCCAAGCACAUCCAAAACAAGCUGGCCCGCCUGGAGUUUGAGUCCUUGGAGGCGUUCAAGAAAAAAAUGCGAUCCCGUUCCCACCGAAAAUCUUGGAGACCUCUGGGAUCCCCAACAAACACUGAGGAGAAAAGAGAUCGCCAACACAGACACUGAAGCCGAAGCUCUUCCUUGAAAUAUUAGACAACAGUGGAAGGUGUUUACAAUACAUAUUGGACAGAAUGCGCUCCUUGGCCGAACACGCUGUGCUGCACUGGCUUGUCGUCACAGCUUCUGACUGUUACUGAACCUUGCUAUAAUCCAGAGGCCUUCACCUUCUGCAGAAAUUUGUUUUGUAGAUAAGUUAUUCAGUCUGUUGAAUUGCACAGCUCAAGCACCAUGGAUGAGGUGGAGCGUCUUUGAUCUAAAAUCUGUAAGGGUAUUUUUUGUUGCAAAUGCCAGGGUCAGCUCCUAUUAUGGCUAUGUAAUGUCCUUAAGGCACACGGUUUGAAUGGUCCACACGACUAGCUGCAUUAAUGUACCAUCUUGUUCUUUUCUAAAUAUGGAUACCAUCAAAUGAAAUUCCUUCAAAAAUAGAAUGAAUAACCCUUUAUCUCCCUCUCCAGACAUCAUGGUCAUCUUUACUGUGGGUUUGAAAUCUCCAUAUCAGAAGUGGUCCUCUAAAUAUAGGCCUUUGUAGACAAAACAAAAAACCCAAUGCAUAAGCCAAUACCUCAGGAACACUGACACAUCAGCACUUCUGUAGGCCUGCACUGGAAUGGCUUCACCAUUAUCCCAAAAAGCAUUACAUAUCAGCAGCUUAUUCUCCUACCGGCAAUUCAAAAUAUAUCAAUAUUUAAAUGGUUUGUGGUUAAUUGAGCAACGGAAUAUACUAUUGUUGCAAUCUGACAAGAAAUUACUUAAUCAUUUAUUUAUUUUUAGAACUUAUACUCAAAUGUCAUGCAAUGCCUUUAAAUGUCACCAUAUCAAGUGCUACAGUAUUAUGGCCCUCGCGCAUCGCGUUGGAUAUCACAUUCGUCACAGAACUUGAUGCCGAGUUAUACGUGUUCUUCCUUCCUGGGAAUAAAUGUAUAAGAGGCAAUACAUGUGUUGGUGCUCUGA